AUGAACUGGCUGCAAUCGCUCGCGGGACACAGCUCAAACAAGACCGAGGAGACUGCUAAGUCAGUCAAGAAAGCGUACCGCGGUCGCAUUCGGCAUUUCCUGGAUUUAGCAGCCCGUGACGAAUUACUAAGGUCCAAACUUCAAAGAUCGGGCAUCAUUGGUGAAGAUGAGCUUGGAGAGCUGUUCGAAUGGGGGAGGCAGGCCGCCACUGAAAUCGCCCAGCUCAGGGACUCGCUAAACGAGACGAUUAAUGAGAGGAACUAUCGUGUUGGCGAGCUUGAGAAAGACAAAUCGGCUCUUUACAAGCAGAUUACAGGUCUCUCAGACCAACUUGACAGAAGGAAUGCGGAGUUGGAACAGACUACAAGAAGGCUAGAGGCCAAACAGGCAGAGAUGGAUCAAGCUGUGCGGAAGCAUUACGAACAAAUCAACAAACUCGUUCUCGACCACUCUCGCGAUCUUGGGAUUCUCGAGACCAGGCUGAACAAUGAGAAGCGGCAUCUGCAGGCACAGCUGCUGGUCUCGGGCGACAAGAGCCAGGCCUGGCCCGACGAGAAGCUGCGAACGCAAUUCCGCGAGCUUUGUCGCAUCGUUGACAAUGCCACAGCGACUAUUGCGACAACAGUCGAUAUCUCCUCUCAAGUGCUGAGCCACCGUCUUGACCCGGACGACUCACUGAGCCUGGUGAAGGAGAGGCCACAUUUCUGGCUCAGGUGGCGAGUCUGGUCAGUCCUCCAAGCGGGAUUCUUUUCUCUUCCAUUCGGAUUUGGCGCUUUCGGGCCCGACAGAGGGGCAGUUGAGAUCACAGCGGUGUACCACGCAUGGAGGAGCAGACUUGAUGGCUCGAAAGACUCUGACCUGGAUAUCUUCCACAGCAACGAGGUGGCGAAUCGCUGGCGCUCCAUUACCUUUCAGACGCUGGCUGCUGCUGCUACCGAUGGAGGCUCUGGAAGCCUCAUCCAGCUGGGCCACAACAACGUUACCCAUGUGACGGAGCAGAUCAUAUCUCUGCUCUCGGUCAUCUCAGGCGCUCAGCUUCAGGGCGGACUGCAGGGCGAAAUGCGCACAGCAGCAGGCCUGGCCUAUGAGCUGGCGCUGCAGUUUGGCGUCAAUCCUGCUAGACUGGCGGUACCGCUGGAUGUGUGCUGGUUCAAAGCAGAUGCAGUAAUCGGGGGACUCAGAGAGAAGGCAGACAGUCUCCUUGCUCUGUCUGAGACGAGUAGGAGCGUUGGCCCUCAGAAUCCUGCCAUCUUUACAUCACGUUCAAGAGACAUGAAAGGUCUCUGGUAUGUCCCCACUCGAGGCAUCAAGCCAGGUAUUGGGGUCGUUGUCUGGCUCUGGCUGGCUACGACUGUGAUUACUAUUGUCACUGCCUGCUCCAUUGGGAGCGUACCCUCCUCUUGGAGAAUUACGCGGUUGCUUCACGCAGGAAUGGCGUUGCUUUGCCUAUACUUGCUCCUCCACUGCCUUGACCUCACCGUACAGCAAGCAGGGACUGCGGUGACAUAUAACUACAUCGUCUUUCAGAGUUUGAAUACUGUCUGGAGAACACUAUCUGAUAUUUUCCUGUUGUGCGGUUGCUGGUUGAACCUCCUACGACAUCAAACACCCAAGGUCGCCGUUUGGAGGAGUGACUUGGUCAUUGCUGGCAUUCUCUGGGCUUUGGGCCUGUACAAGCUGGGUCUUCAGUUCGCCCUAGGCUUCGCAUGGCUCGACUUCGUGGACAUCAAAAUAAUAGAUUCCAUAGCAGCAGCCCGAAGUGGGUUUGAUGUUGCUUUUGCAGCUCUCUACUUUGCCACCAUGCUCCUUAUCAUGGUGGAAUUGGUGCCAGAGCAGGGCAAGAAAUUUCUCUCUCCUCGAGAACCUUUCAAAUACGGGGAUGACGCAGACAUGCAACGGUGCUUGGAACGAUUCAGAGAGGAAACUCAUAUGGCUGGCUGGGCCACUUACUGCCUUUUGGUGCGAGCAUUCUGCGAAGUCGUUAUUGUCGGUCAACUUGAUCGGGCGCCAAAAGGAAUUCUGAACAUCUACAGAGCUCAAGACGUUUGCUACAGUCUUUUCAGUCUCCUUUUUGUGGUUUUCAUUGCGUGCUCUAUCCCGAGUGGCUCCGCAAAGGAUCCGGAUCCAUGGGAGUUGGAAAGCAAGAUUUCUGCGCGCUUGGCAGAGGAGCAGAGAAUAUUGGAUGAAGCCUUUCAAAUCACUCUGCAGAACUCUCUCGAUGGCUGGCCUGAAGAAGCGGACAGACUUUUCAAAGAGAGACUCGCAACCGUGACCGAGUCUGGGACGAAAUCAGCCCCUGUUGUCUCAGUUGUUCUUGACAUGCUCCGUGACCAGGUUCGACAAGAAGGGUCGGAUGAGAGGCUGCUACAGGGAAGGCUGGACCACUUGACAAGAAUGGGACAAGAUCUUGAAGAUUGGGUUCCUGUGUACAAAUGGGAUGGGCAUUCCAGCGACAGUCAUGCUGCUGGAGAAGAGGAAAACAGUUGA